AUGAUCCCUUUCAAUGUGGGUUUGGGUUUGGGUUUGGGUUUGGGUUUGGGUUUGGGUUUGGGUUUGGGUUUGGGUUUGGGUUUGGGUUUGGGUUUGGGUUUGGGUUUGGGUUUGGGUUUGGGUUUGGGUUUGGGUUUGGGUUUGGGUUUGGGUUUGGGUUUGGGUUUGGGUUUGGGUUUGGGUUUGGGUUUGGGUUUGGGUUUGGGUUUGGGUUUGGGUUUGGGUUUGGGUUUGGGUUUGGGUUUGGGUUUGGGUUUGGGUUUGGGUUUGGGUUUGGGUUUGGGUUUGGGUUUGGGUUUGGGUUUGGGUUUGGGUUUGGGUUUGGGUUUGGGUUUGGGUUUGGGUUUGGGUUUGGGUUUGGGUUUGGGUUUGGGUUUGGGUUUGGGUUUGGGUUUGGGUUUGGGUUUGGGUUUGGGUUUGGGUUUGGGUUUGGGUUUGGGUUUGGGUUUGGGUUUGGGUUUGGGUUUGGGUUUGGGUUUGGGUUUGGGUUUGGGUUUGGGUUUGGGUUUGGGUUUGGGUUUGGGUUUGGGUUUGGGUUUGGGUUUGGGUUUGGGUUUGGGUUUGGGUUUGGGUUUGGGUUUGGGUUUGGGUUUGGGUUUGGGUUUGGGUUUGGGUUUGGGUUUGGGUUUGGGUUUGGGUUUGGGUUUGGGUUUGGGUUUGGGUUUGGGUUUGGGUUUGGGUUUGGGUUUGGGUUUGGGUUUGGGUUUGGGUUUGGGUUUGGGUUUGGGUUUGGGUUUGGGUUUGGGUUUGGGUUUGGGUUUGGGUUUGGGUUUGGGUUUGGGUUUGGGUUUGGGUUUGGGUUUGGGUUUGGGUUUGGGUUUGGGUUUGGGUUUGGGUUUGGGUUUGGGUUUGGGUUUGGGUUUGGGUUUGGGUUUGGGUUUGGGUUUGGGUUUGGGUUUGGGUUUGGGUUUGGGUUUGGGUUUGGGUUUGGGUUUGGGUUUGGGUUUGGGUUUGGGUUUGGGUUUGGGUUUGGGUUUGGGUUUGGGUUUGGGUUUGGGUUUGGGUUUGGGUUUGGGUUUGGGUUUGGGUUUGGGUUUGGGUUUGGGUUUGGGUUUGGGUUUGGGUUUGGGUUUGGGUUUGGGUUUGGGUUUGGGUUUGGGUUUGGGUUUGGGUUUGGGUUUGGGUUUGGGUUUGGGUUUGGGUUUGGGUUUGGGUUUGGGUUUGGGUUUGGGUUUGGGUUUGGGUUUGGGUUUGGGUUUGGGUUUGGGUUUGGGUUUGGGUUUGGGUUUGGGUUUGGGUUUGGGUUUGGGUUUGGGUUUGGGUUUGGGUUUGGGUUUGGGUUUGGGUUUGGGUUUGGGUUUGGGUUUGGGUUUGGGUUUGGGUUUGGGUUUGGGUUUGGGUUUGGGUUUGGGUUUGGGUUUGGGUUUGGGUUUGGGUUUGGGUUUGGGUUUGGGUUUGGGUUUGGGUUUGGGUUUGGGUUUGGGUUUGGGUUUGGGUUUGGGUUUGGGUUUGGGUUUGGGUUUGGGUUUGGGUUUGGGUUUGGGUUUGGGUUUGGGUUUGGGUUUGGGUUUGGGUUUGGGUUUGGGUUUGGGUUUGGGUUUGGGUUUGGGUUUGGGUUUGGGUUUGGGUUUGGGUUUGGGUUUGGGUUUGGGUUUGGGUUUGGGUUUGGGUUUGGGUUUGGGUUUGGGUUUGGGUUUGGGUUUGGGUUUGGGUUUGGGUUUGGGUUUGGGUUUGGGUUUGGGUUUGGGUUUGGGUUUGGGUUUGGGUUUGGGUUUGGGUUUGGGUUUGGGUUUGGGUUUGGGUUUGGGUUUGGGUUUGGGUUUGGGUUUGGGUUUGGGUUUGGGUUUGGGUUUGGGUUUGGGUUUGGGUUUGGGUUUGGGUUUGGGUUUGGGUUUGGGUUUGGGUUUGGGUUUGGGUUUGGGUUUGGGUUUGGGUUUGGGUUUGGGUUUGGGUUUGGGUUUGGGUUUGGGUUUGGGUUUGGGUUUGGGUUUGGGUUUGGGUUUGGGUUUGGGUUUGGGUUUGGGUUUGGGUUUGGGUUUGGGUUUGGGUUUGGGUUUGGGUUUGGGUUUGGGUUUGGGUUUGGGUUUGGGUUUGGGUUUGGGUUUGGGUUUGGGUUUGGGUUUGGGUUUGGGUUUGGGUUUGGGUUUGGGUUUGGGUUUGGGUUUGGGUUUGGGUUUGGGUUUGGGUUUGGGUUUGGGUUUGGGUUUGGGUUUGGGUUUGGGUUUGGGUUUGGGUUUGGGUUUGGGUUUGGGUUUGGGUUUGGGUUUGGGUUUGGGUUUGGGUUUGGGUUUGGGUUUGGGUUUGGGUUUGGGUUUGGGUUUGGGUUUGGGUUUGGGUUUGGGUUUGGGUUUGGGUUUGGGUUUGGGUUUGGGUUUGGGUUUGGGUUUGGGUUUGGGUUUGGGUUUGGGUUUGGGUUUGGGUUUGGGUUUGGGUUUGGGUUUGGGUUUGGGUUUGGGUUUGGGUUUGGGUUUGGGUUUGGGUUUGGGUUUGGGUUUGGGUUUGGGUUUGGGUUUGGGUUUGGGUUUGGGUUUGGGUUUGGGUUUGGGUUUGGGUUUGGGUUUGGGUUUGGGUUUGGGUUUGGGUUUGGGUUUGGGUUUGGGUUUGGGUUUGGGUUUGGGUUUGGGUUUGGGUUUAG